AUCACCGAUGCAGUUUCCCUCGCCAAGUGGAUUCGCUACUUACUGCCGAAAUGUAUGGGGAUCGCCAAUUAUAUCUGGGGGUGCUAGGUACCUAUCAUCAUUUAGGACGAACGAUGGAAAUAUUAAAGAACGUUCACCUGAACCCAUUAAAUUCGGAAUAAACCGACUAGUAUCAAAAUCAGAAGACGAAGACGAAAAUGGCAACAAUAACAAUAACAACUCAAAAUCCUACAAAAGAGAAGAUAGUUACUACAGCGGAGACGAACGAUCAUCGCCGAAAUAUAACAACCACAGCAAAUGGGAACCAAACUCACCUAGACCGUCACCUAGUACAUCGCCAGAACUAGAAGUGGACUCUCCAAUUCAUUCGCGGUCGAAUUCUCCGUUUCAAAGACCUUCCUCGGUUACUGAGAUUCAGAAAAUAGAUGUAUCAAGUAAAAAAUCGGAAGCUUUUUCAGUUAGCGCGCUUUUAAGGCCGGACAAUCCUAAAAAAGUGGACAACCCUUGUAUUCAAGAAACGAUAUCAGUAACGAGGUCAUACCUUUACCCACCUUUCUUAGAUUUUGUUAAAGAUGCACAAUUAAAAUCGGCUCAAGAAUACACGUCGCAAUUCUUGCCAAGGCAUUUAGUACCAUCGGGAUUUUUUCCUUCUAGCCUUUAUCCCCAAAAAGAAGGCGAAGAAAGAAGUUUUUUACCCACCCCAACGUCCUUAUAUUUUAGCGCGAUGGCGGCUGCUAUGGCUUCGGGACAAUCUCAACCCGGUAGUUAUCCAGCGCCUCCUACUGCCGAAGAAUUAUACAGAUUGAGGCAUAGUUUUAUGAAUAAUUCUUCUGGAAUUCAUCCGCAUCAUCAUCAUUUCCUUAUGAGGCCGGGGAUGAUGCCUUUAGGAGAUGUUUAUUCUUGUAUUAAAUGUGAAAAAAUGUUUUCCACGCCGCACGGAUUGGAGGUCCACGCCAGAAGGUCUCAUAAUGGUAAAAGGCCUUUUGCUUGCGAGCUCUGCAAUAAAACGUUCGGACACGAGAUUAGCUUAAGUCAACAUAGAGCUGUGCAUAACGUAGAGAAAGUCUUUGAAUGUAAGCAGUGUGGGAAGACUUUCAAGAGGUCAUCAACUUUGUCAACGCAUUUAUUGAUACAUUCCGAUACGAGGCCUUACCCUUGUCAGUAUUGUGGUAAAAGAUUUCAUCAAAAAUCAGAUAUGAAGAAACACACCUAUAUUCACACUGGUGAGAAACCCCACAAGUGUACUGUUUGUGGUAAAGCAUUCAGCCAGUCAUCAAACCUAAUAACGCAUUCCAGGAAGCACACAGGCUUCAAACCCUUCGCCUGCGAUCUCUGCGGGCGGGCAUUCCAAAGAAAAGUGGACCUGAGAAGACACAAAGAAACCCAACACACAGAACUGCGACCCAUAGUCUCAUAGUGCCAGACAACCGGAAGUACUAAUUCUCUUCCGGUAGUCACAUAUUCCAAAGAUGUACAAAGUAACUUAUUAGAAGAGGGUAAGCUCUUGCAGCCAUUCCACGGUCAUGGCCAGAUUGGCAUCAAUUUGGAUCAAACUGGCCAAAUAGUUAGGCAUAACCAAGAGAUUGGACCAAGUGGUGGGUUAUUACCACCAAUGAGGUCAGUGUUGUCCAACAUUGGUUGGACUACAUAAAAAUAUACCAAAGACUCAGCCAAAUGUAGAAAAAUUUACCUACUACUGUACUGUACCGUUAUUUUAUUAUAACGUUAAAUAAUAGAAAAAACUAAAAAAAAAUUUAUUCAUAUUUUUAGGAUCUAAUAUACAGGGUGUCUCAUUACGAACGGCAAACAAAACAACUGAAUAUUCUCUAAUUAAAAAUAAGACGAUUAAACGAAGCAUUCUUACAUAAAUAAUUACAAGGUGUUAAAGUUGAAAAUUGAACAAUUAUUAAUGACUAUAAUUUAUUUAAUUCUUAGUACAAUAUUACUUAAUUCGGUAAACAUUGUUGGCAUCCUAAGAUACACUUAUCAGUAAAACAAUGAGUUACGUAAACUUUGCCAGUGGCGUACGCCAUGGAUAAGUAACACCUUCAUCUCUUCUAAAUUUUACGUCAUUAUCCAAAAACUUAUUUGGACUAUACUUUUAUAUUUCUUUAAACAAAUUGAGUACUCUUGUUGGGAACUUAUAAAGUGAUUGGUUUCAUCAUUAUAAUUAAUUCUAUAAUUUUAGAUUUUUUAUAAAAUUAUAGUUAGUACACGUUUUUAAUGUGAUAAAAUACACCUAUCAACAAAAAAAAUCAGUUGAAUAAACUUUGCCAGUGGCGUACAGCAUGACUAAGUAACCUUCAUCCCUUCUAGAUUUUACGCCACUUUCCAAAACCUAUACAUUUUUCAUUUUUUUUAUUUUUUUUUU